GGAGUUAUCUUUCUCUCUCAACUUUGAUGGCCAUGGAUAUCCCACAAAAGCUCAACCAAUACAGGCAACAGAUUUGGAGGAAUAUGUCAAUUAACAUCCUUGCUUCCCCAAAUCCCCCUCCUCCUUUGCAGCUGCCAUCUACUACGAGAUUACCACUACAGAUGUAUGUUGCUUGCUACUCACCCAUCGUCCAUCCCGGAGCAGAGGAAGGUGAUUCUUUGUAUUUAACAAGAAAAUAGAGAUCUAAGAAGGAUAACAAAAAUCAAGGAACCACAGAAAGAGGAAGGCAACACCAAAUCAAAAAAUUUCUGCUUGCCAGGCAAAUACCAAAAUGGGAACCCUAAAAUGGGAGGUCUGUAGCAUUUUGGAGAGGGACAGCAGUGGCCACAAGAGGUGGGCACGAAAAAAAAGAAAAAAAAAUCUCUCGAUCGUUCUCCCCUUGUAAUCCUCUUCACAGCCACCAUUACCAUUACCGUCUCAUCUUGGUUUCAUUCUCUUCUCAUUCUGAAUGGCAGCUCCAUCUCCAGGAUCAGGACAGCAGCACAUCAUCUCCUCCAAUCACCUUGUGCGGGGCACAUCAAAAGCUGUAGAACAGUAACUGUAGCCCCUGGGCCUGCUCGGUUUUCUGUCAUCUCUGCUACUCUAGUCUUCAUUUCCGGCGAGGUAGCUUUUCAGUCGACUAUGAAGUCAAGAUGGAGGCUUCAUCGCAGUCGGUGUGUGUGGAGAGAAUGCAGAGUUUGAAAUUGAAAUUAAUGGGUUUAAAGAUGAAGUUGAAAUAGACGGUUUUUAAUUUUUUGAAAUACCUAGAUGCUCUGUUUGGGAACAUGAAUUUGAUAGGAUGUAUUUGAAUUUUAGUCCUUCAAAUUCAAAAUUAGUGUUUGUUUUUAGUUAAAUAGAAUGUAAUGAGAUUU